AUGCACAUAGACCUCCCUCCACCUGAGGCCUUGGAAAGGCCCUGCCAAUCAGAGAAGACCUGGGAUGAUGAGCUGGAGAGAACUGCUGAGUCCUGGGCCCACGAGUGCGUUUGGGAUCAUGGCCCCAGCACUCUCCUGAUGUCUAUCGGUCAAAACCUGGCAGUUCACUCGGGCAGGUACCGAUCUCCAGCCUUCCAUGUCCAGUCUUGGUAUGAUGAAGUUAAGGAUUAUACAUACCCGUAUUCUCAUGAAUGUAACCCAUGGUGCCCAGAGAGAUGCUCAGGACCUAUGUGUACUCAUUACACACAGAUCGUUUGGGCUACCACCAAUAAGGUCGGCUGCGCUGUGAAAGUCUGCAAGGUGAUGAAUGUGUGGGGCGACACCUGGGAAAACGCUGUGUACCUAGUCUGCAAUUAUUCUCCCAAGGGGAACUGGAUCGGAGAAGCACCCUACAAACAUGGUAGAUCUUGCUCGGAGUGUCCCCCCAGCUAUGGAGGCAGUUGUCAGAAUAACUUAUGCUACAAAGAUGACCGAUAUGUACAAAAGCCGGAGGUGGUGGAGACCUUUUCACGAGGCGGAGACACCUCUAUAAGUGACUGGAGAAACAAACACGCAGGGUGCAAGAGAGGGGACUGCAGUCAAGAAGCUGGUGCUACUGAAAGACUUUCAGGGGGCGUGGGUGGAAGCCAAAGCACUUCUGCGCUCACCUGCACAAAUGUUUCUUGUUUUCCAGCACAAGCCAUCAAGUGCGACACCAAAAUGCGGGACAGAUGCAAAGGGUCGACCUGUAACAGAUACCUGUGUCCCGCUGGCUGUUUGAACAACAAGGGGAAAGUGUUUGGGACUUCCUUCUAUGAAAGUUCAUCCAGCAUAUGUAGGGCUGCCAUUCAUUCUGGGAUGCUGGAUAACAGAGGAGGCCUGGUGGAUAUCACCCGGAGGGGCCGAGCUGACUUUUUUGUGAAAUCGGCAAGAAACGGCGUUGAAUCUAUCAGUAAAUUCAAACCUUCCAACUCUUUCGUUCUUUCGAAAGUCACAGUGCAGACGCUUGAUUGUUAUACCACAGUGGCCGAGCUCUGCCCAUUCAAGAAACCAGCCGCUCAUUGCCCCAGGUCCUAUUGUCCUGCUUACUGCAAAGACGAGCCUUCCUAUUGGGCUCCGGUGUACGGCACAAACGUGUAUGCGGACAGUUCCAGUAUUUGCAAGGCUGCCGUGCAUGCUGGGGUCCUCACGAACGACGAUGGGGGUUAUGUGGACGUGAUGCCCGUGGAGAAUAGGCAAGAAAUACCUAGCGGCUCCUGGAAGAAUGGGAUCCAGUCAGAGAGCUUAAAGAAUCCGAGAGAAGGAAAAGCAUUCCGAAUUUUUGCCGUGAGACAGUAAAUGUCCGGGAGAACAGUGGAAGGAGAACGUUACAGUGUUUGGGAGAGGUGGGAAGAUCAAUGGUGGUAUUUGUCCUGGAAGGCAGCGUGGCAAAAACCCUGUCAGGCAAACUCUUCCUUCGAGGGGGGAAAACAAAAAUAAAUGUGGGGGAAUGCCCACGAGACAACUCCAAUUUUGCAUGACUUCUUACCGGCCAUUAUCACAAUGUGGCUCAGUCUUGUGCUUAAUUUUCAUGUUUAGGUCACCUGACAAUGGUUGGAAGUUCAAACGAAAAGGCAGAGAAUUCAACAUACGACCUUCUUUGUCCAAAAAUAGUGUUCUGCGUUUCGGGGAAAUAAGUGUUAUUGAAUGCAAAUGGGAAAAUGAGAAAUGGCUGAUGUUAUUUUUAAAGAAUAAGCAAGCUGGAUGAUAAUUUUUGAUGUUAAUUUUGAGGGAGUUCUAGAAAUUGAGGCCCCCUUGGUAUUCUCCUUAAAAAAACCACAAUCCACCACUUGGGAAAAUCUUGAAUGGUCAACAUAGGAUAAAUUGGGUCCAUGAAGUACAAUAUUGGAACAUGAUGUGGUAAACUGUUCUGGGGGUUUCCGGAAGGAACAGUAAACCUGUGGUACCUUUCUGAGCAGGUGGGAUGAAAGGAAAGCAACCUUGGGAAAGAAUGCCCUUUCUCAAAAUGAUGUAUUUCUAUACAACAAAUGGAAAAUAAAGCUUAGCUGGGUUUGCUGGCCAAACCGUGUCGGAAAGUUAGAAGAAGAAGAAGAGUUGGAUUUAUAUCCCCCCUUUCUCUCCUGUAGGAGACUCAAAAGGCAAUGGACAAUCCUUUCUCUUCCCCCCUCACAACAAACACCCUGUGAGGUUGGAAAUGUGGAUACAGUUCAUCAGGAAGUCAAAGAAUCAGGACCCUGGUCUGUGCACAUUUCGAUUGACUAGUAAUGCAGUACUAAGACAGCAUUUGUUUUUUUAUUCUCCAAUUAAAUACACUUUAUUUUUAUUCCUUAGCGGUGCUGGUCAAGCAUCCCUAUAUAGCAAUGCCGUUCUCUAAAAGUCAUGUUUUGUUUUGUUUUUUUUUUGCUAGAAUGUUAAGUAUUUUUACAAAGCAUAUUUGCUUUGCCUUUUUUGUACAGAGUUGGCCUUUAUUAUUUACAUAUAUAUUUUUAUUAUUAUUAAAAAGCCAAAAGGGCUGAACUUGUCUUCUUGUAGGCAAUAUAUAUAUGUAGGCUACAUGCAGAUCCUAACUUUGCACCUAACAAAUAGCAUAAAAUUUUCAUUCAGUUAUUUCAGGGGGCUAGAUGUUAGCAACGUAGUGCCUAAAACUCUGACAGUUGACAGACUCUGUAGCUGAAAUCCAAAGGGGAUGCUUGCAUAUUCUGAUGGAAUUUUUGGCUCCAGACUUCCAGACUAUGUCACAAAAUGCCGUAGGUUAUGAUUUGAAAAUGUAAUAUCUAUUUAUUUCAAGUCAUCUUUUACCAUGGUCAACAUUUCCAUGUUUUCUUUUUUCCUUUUACAUCAUAACACAAUUGUUUAAACCGGUGCUCUAGAAUUCAAAGGCUGUAUAUGAGCCAUGGUAAUGAACAGGUGCUUAUUGGGGCUCAGUGCCCCUCCCACCAAAUCCCCUCCAGAAAUCAUCUGGAGGACAGAAUGAAUUGUCCAAAUAUCUUCUCUACAUUAAGCCCUGGGACAGGAUGACAGAGAGUAUGAUUCUCAUCAUGAUGAUGAGGCCU